AUGUCUGAACAGUCUGACAUUCUAGAUAAAUUCGAUUUAAAUAAAUUUGUGAAAACAAUUUCACUUUCCUCUGACUUAUGUCUUAGCUUUGCAAAAAAAGAUUCCGUGAACACCCAUGAUAUAGCGCUUACGAUUGACAUCUCGAAUGAGCAUUUACGAAGUUGGUACGAUUUAACACAAAAUGGAUCAUUGAGCAAGUAUUCGUUUGUAGAAAUCCUAAAUGCGUUUAUAUCAAAGCAUGGAGUUCAACUGCACGAAAGCGAAAGGAUUAAUAACAUACUUAGAAAAAGAGGUGGGGAUGCAAAAAAUAAAUGUCGAUCGCUUAAUGGACGUUUAAGGACUGAGUAUCUUGCUAAAGUUAAGCAUAUUACUGUUUUCAAACAUGAAGUAAUUAAUGCAGCUGAGACUCAACAGCUACUAACAGAAAACAACGAAUAUGUCAAAUCAUUAUCAGAAGAAAAUCGAAAACUAAAAGAAAGAUGUGAAGAGCUGUGGGCAGCAAUUGAAGAUUUAAAAUUUAGCAAGACAGCAACUGAACAAAAACUGGACAGUAAACAGGAAGACUAUGAGUUAGUUUUGGAGCAAAAUAAGGAACU